AUGACAAAUGUAUCAUUAAGACUUUAUAUUGAAACUGAUGAUACUGAGUAUCCAGGAUUGAAGAGAUUAAAAUUACAAGGAAAAGAUUUAGAAAAUGUACCAGCUGAAUUGUUCAUGUUAAGAGAAUUACAAGUAUUAGAUAUGAGUCCAGAAAGACAACCAUCAUUAACUUAUAAAUUGUUAGAACUUCCGUCAGAUAUUGGUUAUUUGAUUAAUCUUAGAAUAUUAAUAUUGGAUACAAAUGAAUUGCAUAGUCUACCAUCUGAAAUUGGUUCAUUAACACAAUUAGAAAAAUUAUCUGCAUCAAAUAAUCAACUGAAAAGUCUACCUACAUCAAUGGAGAGAUUAAAGCAAAUGAAAAGUCUACAUUUGGCGAAUAAUUUAUUCGCUGAAUUUCCUAAACCAAUAUUGAAAUUAACGAAGUUGGAGUUCUUAGAUUUAAGUAGUAAUCAUUUGGAAACUUUACCAUCAUCUAUAACUGAAUUAAUCAAUUUAGAAAGUUUAUUAUUAUUCGACAAUCGUUUGACCAGUUUACCAGAGGAUAUUGGUGAAUUACGAAAUAUAAGAUGUUUAUGGUUGGGUGAUAACAGACUGGAAAGUUUGCCACAAUCAAUUGUUGAACUACGUGGAUUGAUAUGGUCACCAUUAUUAUCACCAAGUACAACAGUUGGUGGAAACCCUUUAAAAGAUCCACCGAUUAAAGUAUGCAGUGCAGGACUAGAAGAACUGGAUAGAUAUUUCGGUGUGGAAAUAAUUAAAUGA